AUAUUUGGAACGUGACGUUUCGAGGUAGUGGUGGUCACGGUGCUACACCACACUUUGCUACCGAUGUGACUGUGCUAGCAGCACAGUUUAUUCUCUCAUUGCAAACUAUUAUUAGUCGAAACGUCGCACCGAUCGAUCCUGCAGUGAUUAGUGUCGGUGCUAUUCAAAGUGGCGCUUUUGGUUCGUUAAAUGUCUUACCAUCAGAGGUUCGCAUCGGUGGUAUUGCACGUAGUUACACAAAAGAGGUUCGCGAUACAAUCGAGCAACGCUUGCGAGAAUUGGCACAGGGUCUUGCUGCCAGUUUUCGGUGCACUACUGACGUAGUGUUUAGACGAGGAAGACCUCCACUGAUUAAUGAUGCUCAAGCUACACAGAAAGCGAUCAAAGCAGCUGGAACUCUCGUGGGCGCUGAAAAUGUCGAUGGAAACGCAGCACCAAUCAUGAACUCAGAAGAUUUUGCUGAAUUUCUUCAGAGGAAACCAGGUGCAUUUAUUUUUAUGGGAAAUGGAAAUCAAAGUGGCGAACUUCAUUCACCAACUUACAACUUCAAUGAUGAGGCGACUAUUUUCGGAAUGGGAUAUUGGAUCAGUCUCGUGCAACAAGAACUCCACAAAUAA